AUGUGUGUUAGUCUAGCUUGCGCCCCCGUCCCCUUCCCGUCGCGUCCCCGUCCCCUCCCCAUCGCCUCCUCGUCCCCUUUUCGUCGCCUCCCCGUCCCCCCCCUCGCCUCCGCGUCGCCUCCCAUCACCUCCGCGUCGCCUCCCGUUGCCUCCCAGUCCCCCCUUUCCGUCGCCUCUCAUCGCUUCCCCCGUCCCCCCCCUUCCUGUCGCCUCCGCGUCGCCCCCCCGUCGCCUCCCCGUCCCCCCCUUCCCGUCGCCUUCGCGUUGCCUCCCGUCGCCUCCCCGCCCCCCUUUCCGUCGCCUCCAUGUCGCCUCUCGUCGCCUCCCCGUCCCCCCCUUCCCGUCGCCUCCGCGUCGCCUCCCGUCGCCUCCCCGUCCCCCCUUUUCUUCGCCUCCGCGUUGCCUCUCGUCGCUUUCCCGUCCCCCCCUUCUCGUCACCUCCGCGUCGCCUCCUCGUCCCCCCCUUCCCGUUGCCUCCGCGUCGCCUCCCGUCGCCUCCCCGCCCCCCUUUCCGUUGCCUCCGCGUCGCUUCUCGUCGCCUCCCCGUCCCCCCCCUCUCGUCGCCUCCGCGUCGCCUCCCGUCGCCUCCCCGUCCCCCUUUCAGUCGCCUCCUGUCGCCCCCGCGUCCCACCCCCCUUCCCAGUCGACUCCCAGUCACCUCCCGCCGCCCUCCACCCCAUACGGACUGCUAUCCGCCAGUAA